CGUGAUCCAUCGCUAGUAGUUCGUUGUGGACGGGAUCGAUAACGAUGAUCAGGCUCAAAUAUUCUAUCUAAGGAGCCUUGAUGCCGCGAAUGUGAUGUGAGCCACCACGAUGAGGUGACCACGAGAGGCUGGGUGACUGAGAGAUUCUGCAGAGAGAGGCAAAAGAGAGACGGGCCGCGUGGUGGGUGAAGCAUUUGUCUGAACAAGAAGACAUAGACGAAAUCAUGGGUGCUGAUCGGCUCUCUCAUUUUUUUGUAGGUCGCCUCAGAACGGAGUCGGACACGGUGGAGCUCUUCCCCGCGUAGUGUGCGAGUCACAGUGCGCUUUUUCAAUACGUUUUAAAAAAAUAGUUGGAUGGCGCCAGCUCAGAUCGCCUAUGCUACCGGCGCUCAGACUCAAACCUAGCAGAAGAUGGUCCAGUUGAAUAGCUUGAGCGUCGUCCAACUACCCGGGCCCCCCGACCUCCGAAAGUCCGCCUCUACCCGAGCUCUCUUUGGACCGCCACCGCAGCUUUUUCUGGAGUCUCUCAGCCCAGUUGCCGGUACUCGUGGCUUGCAGCAGGCGACCUCUAGUACCAGUCAGCCACCUGGGACCACCACGACGACGAGAUGGCGGUCGCAGUCGCCGCCAUUGGUAACGCGGACGAUUGUUCGCCAGCCUGGAGUGGUGUAUUCUCACCCGGCGAUGGUAUCUACAACAGGCCACGCUUCUGUGUUGCAGUCCACGAUGAAAGGAACGGCACCAGCCGCGCAGCACGUAGUUGGAACAACUCAACAUCCGGUGACUUCGACGGUUACUUCGUACCACGGAGGCCUCGGCCUGGCGGCGCAGCCACCCGGAGUCGCACAACGUAGUGCAACGGCAGCUCCUUUUUCCGUAGUAGCGUCUGCCUCUGCCUCCGCUCCUCCACCGGAAUCAAGACCGAUAGUCCACUACCAAUACGUUGGAAUCAAACCAGUGCCACCACCGAACAGUGCUAGCUUGGUAGCCAGCAGUGCCAACAAGAGCGCAAUAUUAAACGGCAGCAACUCGAGGGACUCUGCGUCCUCUUCGUCGACGUCCAGCAUAGCUGGUACUGGUGGCAUGGUAGUUCCACGUGCGGUUCCACCACCAACUACGACGACCGUCUCCCGGUACCCACCAGCAACCACGGUUGGUGCACCAUCUCCACCAGUCGCAGCUGCGGCUGCGGUACAACAACCUGCGCAUCAUGCUGCCGGGUCUGUCGCAACCGCGCCUGCGCUUUCCCUCGACCACCAGGAGCGGACGCGGCUGUCCUCCUCUCAGAAAACCCUACCGCAAAUUGAGGAGGGGGACAACGAGGACGCGGCGAGUGCGAGUGCAACUGGGGGAGCGGCCACGUGGCGGCAGUUUCAAAGCGUCAGCGAGACUAUCCGUCCACCCCCGUUUCCGAUGGAGCGCGAGGAGAGGGCCACUACUCUCGCGGACGAUAGACGCGGAUUGCUAGCACCGCCGCCAUCUGCAUUUUGUUCCACGACUGGGGGUGGUGGGGCUUCUGCUUCUGCACAUCUUCCAGUGGCAUUGACCACCCCGGUGGAGCAACAGGGCGGUAAACAAAAUCUUCCAGGCAGUUCUUCCUACCGUGACAACAUGCAGGCGGGGCGGAGCAGCGGCAGUAGCUCGGGGAGCGCCUUGACCCGUCAGAAACUGUUUCGCGACACACCCAGCACGUUUGUGCAAGGCCAUCAACAUCAUGAAGCGCGGUUGUACAAUCCGGAAGACCACCAGGCUUAUUCCACUCUGACCGACGGCGAAACCGAUCCGAGAAGAAACCUGCUUUACCACGGUGCUGAGGAGGAGGAGAAAGGUGGGAAAAUAACUCCUGCAGAAGCAAAUCGCGGCGACCCUCGUGCGGACAAAUUGCAGGAGUUGAAGUCUCGGGCCGCACGCCUGAAGGAACUGGUUGCCGAGGUGGAGCAGGCAGAGGAGGAGCGCAGCCUGGUGGAAAAGAUUCUCGAGCCGUGGCGCACCAGCUCGGCUUCUUCGCAUUCGCACUCCACAGACGAAGAAGGAAGUGUGAGACUUCCUUGUUCGUCCGGUAUGGCGUCGCAGAGCUCGUCUUCGCAUGGGGCAGGAAUUGCAACUCAUCAACAGCUACCGUUGUUUUACUCGUCCACAAGCGAACAGCGACGGUUCGACAGCUUUUCGUCGCCGAUUGAAGCGGGCUACAUGGUCCAAGUCCCGGGUAGUAGCAAGAUCAAGCGGCGGACCCAGGAGGAAAUAGAUGAGAUGAUGAAGAAGCAGGGAGGAGGUACAACUCUUCCUGCGGGUAGUGGUCCCCCGGUCCGCUCGUCGAACAGGACGAGCGAUUUUUCUGCAAGAAAAGAAAACGACAAGGAGGAGGACCUUGCACGGAUUUUCGACAAAACUGUCCAGAGAGAGCAGGGAGCAACAUCUUCCAGUACCACAACUGGUAUCUUCCAGCCACGUGCACGAACCGGUCCUGCAGGCCAAGCGAUGCGCCCGCGUACGAGGGAACUGCGGUCGGAGCGCGGCGGCCAAAUCGCAGCGUCAGCGGAGAAAGAGAAGGCGGCGUCCGUCGAUCAACAUCCGCGACUCGGUUUGCUGGAUAAGAAGCACUACAUGGUGCACAAACACGCUAUGGGAGUAGUAGAGCAGCCGUCCUCGAUCUCCGCGACCUCGUCAAAAUCUGGAAAUCAGGGCAGCGACAAAGGCCCAGCAACGUCCUCGUCUUCCAAACCGAGGCACUACCGCACCCCGACCGAGAGUGCGAGGAAGCGGACGCAGGCCGCAGCCAGCAGCUUUGCGCACGCGACCGCGGCCCAGCUUGGGCGCAGGACGGAUUUUAUCGGCGCGCCGGGCGGGGUCACCGGGGCGCCGCACUUUUCGCGGCCGACGAAAAAUUCGAAAAGGAGGGGCCAUCAUCUUCCGCACGGAGAUGUGACCGGCUUGUCAGAGAGGAUGACCGAGUCCGCAGCGAUUCACCGAUCGCAUUCUUUGGAACGACGUCACGAGGUGCAGGCGCAUGCGCGAACGCGGAAGGACGACUCGCCGAUUGAGGGACGCGUGUAUUUGCUUUGUGCUUUGCUAUCAUUAGUUCCUUAUCUAAGUACUUUUUCAGAGCAUGAAAUGGAUAUGGCCGCGUGACUUGCCAUACAUGAGUUUAGCUCCAUGGAGAGGUUGUAAGUAGUGGUUGAUGUGUAUUUGAAUAGCCCUACCUGCGUGGUACUAUCACCAUCAGACCCGAGAGCACCUUUCGGCAGGAGUGCCCGGACUCGGAGGGAUUCCCGAACGCCUUGCGCGACAGCAGUCCGCCCAGGAUUGUCAGCUUUCCCGCCUCGCCGCAGUUUCUGGAACGGCCCGGGCAGGCGGCGGUACGGCACGUGGAUCAGCAGCAGCACAAGGAAAAAAUACCUCCCCCGCCGAAAGAACACGAGACCGUGGAGUUUCUGCAGCGUUGCGGCAUCACCGGGUUCGAACACAGUUUCGCAACGAAGGCCGAAUCGGAUCACAAUGAAAGGCGGUUGAAAUACCCACAGGCACCCCCGGAACAAGCCCCACUGGUGCCGAUCGAAGAGAAGCUGUCCCCGAUUGGCGGAAGUGCAAGUUUGAAGCUGAAAAAGAGUCCCAGCGCUCGCAGUUCGCCGGAAAAGCAUCACGGUCGUGGAAAAAAUGACUAUAGGGAAGACGAGGAGAUCGAAGUCGUGCGACUGAACCGGGAGCCCAGCCAGCGACUACUGGAAUUGGCUAGACCGAGCAGCCGACGGCUAGCAAACGUUGUUUCCGGGAAUAAUGAGAUGAACCACGACGGCGAGCAGGGUGUAUUCCAGGAGGAAGGUGCUGCCCGACCACCAGCAACUAAAAAGCGCGACACGAGCAAAUCCCGGCGCGAAAGUGCGGCUCAAAGAGCAAGCCAAGCGGUCGUGAGUGCAGGGGCGCGUGGAUCUACAGAGCGCAUUUCAGGCAUUCUUUCCUCCGAGGACGAGACUGACAAACGCGCACUACUCGAGUACCUCACCCGGAUAAAACAACUGAACGAGGAGUACGGCCCCAGGCUCGACACUUCCAUCUCUUCCGCCAUCGAGGGCGUUUUCAGUUCCACCGGGAAGAACGGACGUCCCGAUGCAAGCUGGGACAUUGUCGCGAGGCGAGCUGUGAAUAGUGCUGGACGGAACAAGUCACCACUAGUUAUUUCCAGCGCUAGAGGACCAGAAACGAUGUCACGAAAUAAAUCUGCAUCAAGAACCACGCCCGCAGAGCAGAAGCGAGCGUACAGUGCUCGCGGAAAGAAUCCGAAUUAUUCAGCCCGCGGACCUAGUCCGAGUGGUGAUGCGCGGCGCACGGCGACAGUGGUUGCAUCAUCUUCGACAAAGAACUUGUACAGAAAGGCGAGCCCCAGUCCUGGAGCUACUGCAAGUCCUCCGUUUUCGGCGACUAGAGGAAAGUCGAGAAGUCCGCGCGUCGACGAGCAGCUGCGUGGAGGUCCUCUCCGUGCAAAUAAAUCAACAGCCUCCAAGUUCUCGCCACGCGGAAUCACGUAUGGUUUAGGCACAGUAAACAGUGGCAGUACCGAUCCGCCGUUUUCCCAUGCGGGCUCAGGGUCCCACUCCCACCGCGGUAGCCGGAGUGAUUCCUUCCAGUCGGCAAAGAGCAGCACAGCACAAGAACAGCACCAUCAACCAAAUACGAGUGGUGCUACGAAGAUGGUGACCACGCAAGAGCCCCCGAGCGAGACGUUGCUUCUGUCGAAAAUCAAAAAGUACGUCGAGCGAGCGACGAACAUUAACAACAAACGGGCCGCGGGGGGUCAAUCUGGAAGAAUCGCAGCGGACUUCGUCCAGGCGACGCGCUCUCUUGGCGACACAGGCGUAGAAGUUUAUUCCACCGCCGCGGCGGAGGUGCCACUGCCAGCAGCGGAUCAUGUUGGAAAGAAAUCAAUCGCUGUAACUACUCGAUCGGCUCGGAGUGUGUCGCCGCGUACUUUGCAGUCGGUCACAACUCAGUUGGAGCAGAUCCCAGAGCGGGUCAGCUGGAAGGAACUGCAAAAGAACCACGACAACCUGGUAAACAACUCCGGGUCCACGAAGGAUCUCACUCUGGUACUAAAAGGGCAUGAGAGUGUUGGUUUUUUGUUGUGAUCAUGGGUACGUAUGAUUCUGUGUCAAAGUGCACCGAUGUGUCAAAGACACUGAGUGUCUUUGAGACUCAGCGUGCUGGACAGUUGGAGAAAUAACUCAAAGCAACAAGUAUUUGAAAUACAGAUCCCCAACCCUUCUCUGGCCGUGCAGCUUGCGAAGGAGCGAGCAAGAGCAGUUUUGCGCCAGGCAUCGCCACCACGAGCGCGAGACAAGCUAGUGCAGACGUCAAAAAGGGUUGCGGAGUACCGCGAGAGACGCAAGGUUGGGGCAGAUUUAAUGGUGGCGCGAAAAGUAGGCCUUAGCGAGCAGGUAUAAAUCUAAUUCACGCCGUACGACGAGUAGAUCGUGUUCGUGAUAAAGGUGUCUACAUUGCAUUUCGUACGGAGUUCAUCUCCUUGUUCACUCGCUUUCAAAAUGGAAUUGGAAUCUCUCAAGGUGGAGACACGUAAAGAUUAAAAACGUACUACAUGGAAGAACACAACAAAUCCUUUCACCAGGAGCAAGACAAGAAGCUUCUCGACUUCUUCGACGGUGUCACGGUGCAGGCGGGGCUGAAAGCUCCGCAGCAAACUGGCCGUGGGGUUGUGGUUGUUGCGGAUCCGCGGACGGUGAGCGCAACUACGGUGGCCGAAGCUACUUCUACAAACGGGACAGCGGCGAGGAAUAAAAAGGCCAUGAACACAAAGCCAAGUAGGCUGGUUCUGGAGGAGAAGAAGCCCGAUGAAAUUGUAGGCCGUGAGCCCGUUCUACUUCCCGUAGCACCAGCGACGACCGACACGGCUCCGUCUACUGGAAAGAAGAAGGACAGUGUGGUUUGGCGACAGAUUUUUUCGGAUGUCGCUGACGGGAAAACUAGCAGAACGACAGUUGUUGCCGGAUCCGGAAGAGGAGAUUUAGUCAAUGCAAAUGACAGUCUCGUGGCGUCGUCGACCAGCCGGCCGUCUUCUGCAACGGAUCAUGGCAGCAGCUUCUACCAUAAGUCAGCAAAUUCUACACAAGAAACGUCGCAUCUAACAAGCGAAAAUGCCCCAAAUAAAACUAGAACUACACAGAAAACCGCUGCCUUGGGCGAAAAGCUGCAGCAGAUAAAAAUGCUGAACCGAGCCGGAAGCGCUCGCGGACCGACAUUGGUGCCCACGACAACGUCGAUAGCCACCCCGAGCGAGGCGGACAUGACGAACGCGCUGAACCAGAACAACACCUCGACGCAGCUUUCUCCAAAAAGCAGCGGCUUCAAGCGCGGCCUGACCGCCUCGACCCUACCCAUUUCGUCGUCUUCUCCGAAAAACAACUCUGCAUCGGCAACCCGAGCUGCGGCUGAUGAAAACUUCAAGUCCCGCGCUACGGCUGCCAGUGCCCACCUUUUCGCGCCAGAAAGCGAUGAAGCGGAGUCGCCGAUGGACCGGCUGCCCUACGAAUCACCGGUAGGACGAGGAUACAAGAACGCGAAGAAUCACCAGCUCGCGGACCACUUCUACACACCAGCGCCGGCGGUUAUGGUGGACGACCACGUAGCUCUCUUCAACGUGGACGGCGCAGAUCGUGGCAUAUGCAACGACGAAGCUGAACCAUUUGAGCACCGGAAUGAAGGAUCAAACUCUGGCGAAGUAGCAGCUUCAAGUUCGAACAGAGCUGCACACGUUCCGCAGCACACGCUCCUCAGUCCCGGCGUGACGAAGAGGACCACCGAGGGGGCUGCGCGCACGAGAACCAGCUCAGACGAAAGUUCUUGUCCUGGUCAGCAGCAUGGGAUUGGCAACGACCACGGAAGCGACAGCCCCAUCCGGAAGUGGUACAGUAACCGCGAGAGCGAACAGGAGUUGCUGCUGCAAGUCCGGAAACGCGAGGGAACGUCGGUUGUUGGGGAAGAGGAAUUUUUCGCCCCGAGGCUCGUGCCGCAGCCGGAUCUGGUGCAUACUUACGGCGGCGGAACAAGUUCUGCAGCUGGUGCUAGCGGGGGUGCAGCAACUACUACCGGGAUUGAAGAUGUCGCAGCAGUUCUUCCCGUUGUGCUGGAGCAGGAACGACCUCAACGAGGCGUGGGGUUCAGCAGCUACGAUUUUAGUUGAAUCCGCUCUGCGCUUCUGCUUCAUCAAAUCAUUGCAGCGACGAGGAGGGCGGAACAUUUAUUUCUUGUGGUUUCAUACUUUUUGUUUCCAAUAGAAAAGCGCCUGCACGUGUAGAGGGGAGUUGUGUCAUGGUGCAAAUAUCGCAAGAUAGACGGUCAACGAGAUGAAAAAGAAUUUUCAAGUAAGUAUGUUUCUCGCUACUUUCUCGUCACAAUGAAUUAAGUAGGAUUUUUCUGUUGUACGAUGGCCAAAUCAAUGUAAGUAACUUUUCAUCAGAUUUCGACUUCGACCUGUUUGAAUUUUUAUUUUUCCAAACAAAAUGAACUUCUAAGCAGUUCGUGGUGGCUUAGCAAGCCGGCAACGGCCUGGCAAGAUAGAAAUUGGAAUUUCAACAUAACCUCGGAAAGAAGAACAAAACGACUUGACAGACAAACAGAACACUAUAAUACGAAUAUGUACAUGGUUAUUAAGAACCAGACCACUGUCGUGCUACCCAGCAGUGGUGAGUAGAAAAUGAAACGCGUCACGACAUCAUCAACUUGUACUAUGUAUCGAAAGUCACGACGAAAGCAAAAUCAAUAAUGCUUGAACACCUGCAAAAUUAGAAGGAGCUGCGGUGCCCCGGAUGUAGUAACACGAACACCUGGGCGGUGCUCAUAACAAGUAUCACUGUUUGUUGUUGCUGUGGCAUAU